GUCUGCGAUUCAUAACACUACUAGCCGCGGCGAAUAGGAACGUUUACUUUUAAUUUGUUCUCGAAAAUGGAAAGAGUUCUUUGUGAGCGACACGGAAACAUUUGCUUUCUGAAGACUGGUGUGAAAGAAGGGCCGAAUAAGGGUAAAAGUUUCUAUGUUUGCGCCGGGAGGGAUCCGACCCCGUGUGAUUUCACACUGCCUGCUGAACUUCCACCUUCCCACUGUCUCCGCCAUGAAGAUGCCGUGGUUGAACUCCAGACCUUAAUGCACAGUGCAGCACAGGACACAUACAGGCUGUUAUACCGUUGCCUAUUAGGGAAGAAAGAAGGACAGAAGUGGUGUGGGAGUGUUCCAUGGACCGAGAAAGGCACUCAAAAGAAUGUUUCGUCAGAGAACAAAAAACAACCUUCCAGUCUGCCUCCUGUUAAAAAUCCUUUCAAAGACCCGGGGAAAGAAUACAGAAGUUCAGAGUGGAGAAAGAUUCAAGAAGGAGCGACGAAGAUGUUGGAAAAAUCCGUAGAAAGCGAGAGCGCUAGGAGAAGCAGUGAUGAUGAUAAAAUUCAGCAAAAGAAAGCAGAGAAAGAAUCUGACGGCCAAAGAAACUCGAACAGUACAAACGCAAGGGAGGGAGAGAUAGUGAGUUCUGUGGAUUCUGAAUCCUGGAGAGACAAAAAACUUCCACCUGGCAUGAAAGUAAAGAAGCGAGCAUCUGAUGAGGACAGGAAAUUGCACAACAGUACUGAGGGUGCUACAAAGGGAGCAGAAGCUAUUAAAGAUUCUUACAACAGUAGUAGUAGUAAUUGUGAAAGUGUUAAUGAACAGCAAACUGAGAAAGAGACUAAAUCGCAGAACUCUCAAAGCUGUAACAAAGAGGAAAGAGCAACUUUACAGCAAAACCCUCAAAAGAAAUCUCAGGGACAAAGUCCUCAUUUAACCUCCAUGAAGACAUCUAUAUCGAAGACAGACACAGAGCCAGGCAAUAUUACUCAAAAUCCUCCAAAAACAGGCAGUCAGACCAGCUCAGGAACAAUAGUAGAAGCUGUUUCAGCUUCACUGAAGCCUGCUAUGAAUGAUGCUCAAAAGAAAACAGUACAGUCGCCCUAUGGAGACUGGAGUGAUGAUGAUGAUGAUGUACAGCUGGUCUCAGUUCAGCCGGCCUUUCAGCAGACUUCUUCAGCUCCAGCUGCACCUUUGCAGAAAACCCUUACCUCAUACCCAGGGUUCCAGCUUAUGUCAAAGGGCAAAAGUCAAGAGGAAGACCCCAGAGCAAUUCACAACCAGCUUACUACCCAACUUAAACAAAAGAAGGCAACUCUGUCAUCAGUUAAUGUGUCUGCUCUGCCUGAUAAAGGAGAGAGGCUGAAGAGCCAAGUGAAGCAGUUGGAAGAGGCUCUGGAAUCUUUAAGCUUGACCAAGGAUGCUCUUACUGAGACCCAAGAUGCUGAAAGUAAUGCCCAGCAGAAUCCCAAACCCAGUUCCAAUCCUUUUAACCGUGCAGGCGGCACUAUUCUCCUGGCAAAGCCACCAGUCCAUUUUCAACCAAACUCCUCUACUAGUUCACUGGGACUACAGCUCAGUCAGGGCUACUCACAGAUGUUUGGAGCAGUGAAUCCUCAAAACCAAGCAUUCUAUGGUGGCAGGAUGACCGAAGACAGACUGCUUGCUGUGCGCAAUGCCACAACAGAGGCGAUUGAUCACCUUCACCACUCACUGGAGUCUUGCCCUUCUACAGAUACAGAGGCUCAGGAUCCCAAAGGAAUAAAGGUCCAGUUGUUGCCUCAUCAGAGAAGAGCCCUGGCUUGGCUGCUAUGGAGAGAAACCCAAAAACCCUGUGGGGGUAUUCUCGCGGAUGACAUGGGUCUGGGGAAAACCCUCACCAUGAUCGCUCUCAUUCUCUCCCAAAAGAAGAAAGAAGAGAAAGAUACUAAGCUGGAGGGAUGGAUUUCCAAGACUGAUUCUAUGUUGGUGGCAUCCCAGGGAACUUUAAUCAUCUGUCCUGCCUCUCUGGUGCAUCACUGGAAGAAGGAGAUCGAGAAGCAUGUGAAGAGCAGUCGCUUAAGUGUGUAUCUCUACCAUGGGCCUAACCGACAGAAGAGCGCAAGCAUAUUGGCAGAACAUGAUGUAGUGGUCACAACAUACACCCUGGUUUCUAAAGAGAUCCCGGUUCAGAAAGAAGAUGCAGAAAAGCCCAGUCAGGACUCUGAGCCUGUGGGGUCUGAGCUGCCACCUCUCCUGCGUGUAGCCUGGGCUCGUGUGGUUCUUGAUGAGGCCCACAAUGUCAAGAACCCCAAAGUGCAGACCUCCAUGGCUGUGUGUAAGCUGCGGGCCAAAGCACGCUGGGCCGUCACAGGCACGCCCAUCCAGAACAACUUGCUGGAUAUGUACUCGCUGCUGAAAUUUUUAAGAUGCUCUCCGUUUGAUGAGUACAAGCUGUGGAAGGCUCAGGUAGACAAUGGCUCUAAGAGGGGAGGAGAGAGACUUAACAUUCUCACCAGGUCCCUGCUGCUGCGCAGGACUAAGGACCAGCUGGACUCUACAGGCAAGCCUCUGGUGGCUCUCCCUGACCGAAGCUGUCAAGUUCACAGGGUAAAACUGUCUCAGGAUGAGCAGUCUGUUUACGAUGUGGUGUUUGCACAGUCCAGGUCCACUCUCCAGUCCUAUCUGAAGAGGCAUGAAGGAAAAGACAGUAAACAAGGAGAUGUUGGCAAUCCCUUUGAGAAAGUUGCGCAGGAGUUCGGGAUGUCCCAGCGGGAUUCUGUGUCGUCUUCUCAGCAACCUCAGGUUUCAAGCACCAUCCAUAUCCUGUCCCUGUUGCUGCGCCUCAGACAGUGCUGCUGUCACCUAUCCUUGCUGAAGAAGACGCUGGAUCAGACUGAGCUGCAGGGAGAUGGGAUUUCUCUUUCUCUGGAGGAGCAGCUACUUGCUCUGUCUCUGUCUGAAUCCUCUGACUCAGACCCCAAAGCCACCGUUUCUCUCAACGGCAGCCGUUUCCGCUCCGAGAUUUUUGAGGAGAGCCGAGAAAGCACUAAGAUUUCAGCCGUCCUCACAGAGUUAAAAGAAAUCCGUAAGAAAAAUCAGAAAAGUGUGAUUGUGUCCCAGUGGACGAGUAUGCUGCACAUUGUAAGCAUUCACUUAAAAACGCUGGAUCUGCACUACAGUGUCAUUGAUGGUACAGUAAACCCUAAGCGACGCAUGGACCUGGUGGAAGAGUUUAAUACUAACCCCAAAGGACCUCAGGUAAUGCUCGUGUCAUUAUGUGCUGGAGGAGUAGGUAUUAAUCUGACAGGUGGAAACCAUCUGUUCCUUAUAGACAUGCACUGGAAUCCUGCACUGGAAGACCAGGCCUGUGACAGAAUCUACAGAGUGGGACAACACCGUGAUGUCACCAUUCACAGGUUUGUGUGUGAGGGCACAGUGGAGGAUAAAAUCUCCUCUUUACAAGAGAAGAAGAAGGAGCUGGCCCAGAAAGUCCUGUCUGGAACUGGGUCCUCUUUCACCAAACUCUCAUUGGCAGACCUCAGGGUUAUCUUUGGUGUGUAACCUGUGACUUCGCUACAAUCAACAGGUCACCGCUGAGGGCUUGUUGAGUUACGUCUCGCACUUUUAUCAAUGCCUUACAUAUGUAUGAUUGCCUUGUGCCAAUGCCUAAACUGUAUCAUAAUGUUUCUUUUUUUUAUUUUAAAUAAAUAUUUUCUGACCGAAACAAUAAUAAUAAACCACUGUUUCUCUGGGAA